AUAUCUGGCCGCUCCCCCGGCCUGUCCGGGGAGACGACGCCGAUCUAUCGGCAACCUGUGAUCCAGGUUGCGUCGGAACGCGCCGCAUCAUCCGCUGCGAUGGGAUAGGAUCGGAUGAGGUACACGAUCAGGUGGAUGAAUCGUCGGCGGCGACCGAUCACGAGUCGGCACGGCGCCCGGCACAUCGUACAGUUUCCGGUGGAUCGCGCGCGGUCGGGAGUCGGGAGCUCGCAGACGACGACGAAAGGCGACGACAUGCCUCGUGCCAAAUCCUGGAUCGGCUUUGGGACAGAGCGAUUAGCCAAAUUUUGGUUAGAUGGGCCACCACGCGAUCUUAUGGGACUUGAUCGUUGGUCACCGCAAUGUGGGCCAUGAUAUCUGCAUACAAAGGAACGAUUCGGUUCUUCUGCGGCUUGACCACCACAUGUGGUUCUUCCAUCACUGCUAGAUCUAGCCUUAGCUAUGGACCAUCCUAUAGUGCUGAACCGAGGGCGCCCACUGCAAUAAUUCAUAAGCUGAUUCGUGCUCUCUAGAGUAUCAUAUACUUCUCCUACAAAAAAGGAGUAUCAUAUACUUCUGCUAUGCCACUAUUGUAUGUGCGCCAUUUAAUUUAUAUAGCAUGCAUACCAAGACACUCCAUGGAAAGUGAUGGCUAUCCAAUUAUAUGUAAACAUAACUAUUAUAUUCUUAGUGCUGUAGUUAGUCCUAAUAUUUGGUUGAAUUCAUGCAUAUGUGCAUUGUAAAAACAGAUUAAAAGACUUUGUAUGCAUGUUGAGCAAACUACUGUCUCUAGUCACAAAUAAGUGCCAUUUUGAACAUUUUAUCUUAAUAUAUUUGUAAGUACGACAAAAGUAGUAUUAAACUACCUUUUAAGACAAAUCUACGGACCGAUGAUGUAUCAUGUUCAAAUAUCCAAACCCAACACAAAUGGCAUUUAUUUUUUUACUGGAGGGAGUAAACUUCCAUAACAUAUCACACUAUAGCAAUGAAGGCUGUCCACGUGUAAGUGGCACAUGGUAAUAAUAUGUGGCGUGCACUUGGACUAAGGCACGUGUCAUCGUCUAGCCUGCUAGAUGGCAGACAUUUUGGUAUGUACGUAGAAAAGUCUUUCACAUGCAUUACGGUGUUUGGCAAUCAUAAUGGGCCCGGGCUACAAAGUAACUUACACACUGAGGUUGAAUAGUGUGCUGUAGUAAUGCAAGACCGGCAACAUCUAAGGCUACGAUGAUUAGCACAUCGUCCCCUCCAAAACCACUACUACCUUAAAUUAGGUCUAAGUUCUAACUUAGGAGGGUAAUAAAGUAGAAUUAUUGCAAAGUCCAAGGGAAAUACCUGCAAUUUUGCAGCAAUGUACAUAUGCAUCACCAAAGGAAAAGCUAUUACGACAACAAAAGCUGGCCACAGAAUAUACAAGGACUACAGGGAAAGUUAAAUUCUUUUGUUACGUCUUUCAGCAGAUAGAAUGAAAAGAAGAACACACACUCAACGUCGUGUAAAAGUAAAAGACGACCAGGCUAGUAUAUAUGUCCAGCGAGCAACACGCCAAAACACGAAGGCCCAAGCACAGUGAAUUCCGCCUAGCUGGCCGUCCAUGCAAGCUUGCUGCUUGGGCCGCCCACACACUCCAGCCACAGAAAAGCAGGCUAGAGCCGAUCAGCCGAGAGCCCGGAGAGCGAGGCGUGGGCCCGGAAAAAUCUCCCCAGCCACCUCCCGGCCAAUGAGGAGGCGGUGCCCACGUGGCUUGCUCCACGUCCCCCUCCCCCCAUUCCCCUAUUUCUAUCGCCUCGCCGGUGGUCGUUGCAGCUUUGCAGGGACACACACAGACAGUACACACACAGGCCUUCUUCUACCCCUCGGCGACUGGGUGCUAGCUCAACAGCAGCUUAACUGAUCUAAAGCUUUUCUUCAAGUAAAGCCCUAGCUGGUAGUGUCCUACUCAGCUCUCACCAUGGGCGAUUCCUCAUCCUCAUCAGCAUCUUACAUCAGAAUGGUUCACCAUCUGAUAGAGAAGUGCAUCUGCUUCAACCUGAACAAGGAAGAGUGCAUGGACGCGCUGGAAAAGCAUGCCAACGUCAACCCUGUAAUCACUUCCACCGUGUGGAAGGAGCUGGAGAAGGAGAACAAGGAGUUCUUCGAGACGUACAACAAGGACCGCGUGGAGCGGAACAUCGAGGCGGAGACGAUGCAGCGGAUCCAGAAGAUGCUCGCCGAGGCGGCGGCCUCCAAGACCUCCGACGACGACGAGGGCUAGUAGCUGUGGUCAGCUAAACUAGGGCUAUAGAUAGCUCCUCCAUUAGCUCCAUCCAUCCAUGUGGGACAAAGCUUACACACCGUACCUCACGUGAGAGUUGAGACCAUUCUAUAUAUAUCUUAAUAGCUAGCUAUUAGCUUACUUAUUAGCUGCCAAUAAUAAUAUGCCUUUUGCGAGAACACCAUGCAUGCAUGUGUCGAAAAAUGCUUAAGAUUAUAUUAAUUAGGAGGUCAUCAAGAUCAAACUAUGUUUAAUUCAUGUAUGUAUAUGUAUAUAUCUAUUUUAUGUACAGAAGACGAUGAAUAUUCAACCCA